GUCGAAAUAAUCCGUCUGGGUGGUGUUAGACAGCUGUCACACCGUCUCCUCGUGUUUUUCUUGUGCGACAUAAAUUGUGUAUUCCAAAAUUGCUGCAUGUUGAUUGGAGUGGAUUAUUUUUCCAACUUUAAUCAUGAGGCACAACAAUCAAUUGCCGAACAAUUUACCGCAGCUGCAGAAUUUAAUCAAACGUGAUCCGGAAUCAUAUCGCGAAGAAUUCCUUCAGCAAUAUCGUCAUUUCCAAAGUCUUGUCGAAAUAUUCCGCCUGAAUCCGGCACAGGAAAACAAAAGUCUCGAUGAGUUGGUCAUCUUCCUAGCGCAGGUCGCACAAUGUUACGUGGAAGAGUUGCUUACAUUUCCGCAACAGAUUGUCGAUUUGCUGAAACAUCAUUCGACAACAUUGGAUCCCGGCAUGAGAAACACCUUCUGCAAGGCUCUCAUAUUGCUUAGGAACAAAAAUUUAAUUGCAGCACUCGAUUUGCUGGAACUAUUUUUCCAAUUACUAAGAUGUCCAGACAAGUCACUUCGAAGUUUUCUGGAAAACCACAUCAUCACGGACAUCAAGAAUAUGAAUGCAAAGCACAAAGAUAUGAAAUUGAACUCGACACUGCAAAACUUUAUGUACACAAUGCUGAAAGAUUCAAAUCCCAAAGCUGCUAAAAUGUCCAUCGACAUCAUGAUCGAGCUGUACAAGAAAAAUAUUUGGAACGAUGCUAAGACAGUCAAUGCAAUAGCAAACGUCGGCUGUUUUUCCAAUGUAACCAAAGUGAUGGUGGCCUCUUUGAAAUUCUUCCUCGGUACCGAUCCCGAAGAGGGAUCCGACAAUUCGGAUAGUGAAAACGAACCGGAUCUAAAGAAUGCAAUGCUGGUCAAUCGGGUCAAUAAGAAGACGAAAAAACGACAGAAGCAAUUGAAAGAGAUAAAGAAACAGGUGGUGAAGGCGAAGAAGAAGAAAUCAAAGGCGGAACCGUUCAACUUUUCCGGCGUGCACCUGAUUCACAAUCCACAAGGAAUGGCCGAAAAUCUGUUCAAACAAUUGCAGGCACAGAACGAACGUUUCGAAGUGAAGUUACUUCACUUGGAUGUAAUAUCUCGUCUGAUCGGCAUUCACGACUUGUUUUUGUUCACAUUUUAUCCGUAUAUCACUCGCUUUCUUCAACCACAUCAACGUCAAGUCACCCGAAUUCUUCAAUUUGCCGCACAAGCAUCCCAUGAAUUGGUUCCCGGUGAAGUAAUCGAACCAGUGCUGAAAACCAUAGCCAACAAUUUCAUAACGGAACGGAAUAGCAGUGAUGUCAUGGCCAUUGGUUUGAAUGCCACUCGGGAAAUUUGCAGUCGCUGCCCUUUGUCGAUGGGUGAAGAUUUGUUGCGCGAUCUGGUGAUGUAUAAAACGUACAAAGAGAAAAGUGUUAUGAUGGCAGCCCGAUCGUUGAUGACACUGUUUCGGGAACGGCUUCCAGAGCUGCUGCAUCGAAAAGAUCGCGGACGACCGACUGAGGCACAAGUAGAAAAUAAACCGAAAGCUUAUGGAGAAGUGGUCGCUCUUGACAGUAUACCCGGAGCUGAGGUUCUACUCAAACAAUCUGAACAGAUCGACAUGAGCGAUGACUCAGAUGCCUCCGAAUCAGAAGAUGGUUGGGUUGAUAUGAAAGACGACGGAAACAACGAAAUUGAUGAUGAUGAAGACGAAGAAGAAGGUGAUGAUGAAGAAGGAGAGGAUGACGAUGAAGAUGAUGAAGAGGACGAGGAUGAUGUCGAGGAAGAUGGCUCUGAAGACGAGAAAGAUCAAAGCACCAACGAUGUGUCCGAAGCAAAGGCACCUGUCAUUUUGGAUGAAAAGCAGGCCGCCCAGGAGCUGGCAAUCACUCGUCUAUUCACCGACGAAGAUUUCAAGCGCAUAGACAUGGAGAACAUCAAGAAGCACACGAAAGGCGCCCGGAAACGUCCUUUGGAACAGGAAAAAUCAGAAUAUGUUCGCUUGAAUGACAUCGAAAUGAUAUUCAAGAAAAAGAAGCACGACAAAGAGGCCAGAUUGGAAACUGUACUGAGAGGACGUACGGGGCGCGAUAAAUUUGGCUACAAGGAUGGCAGGAAAAAUGAAAAUUGCUCCAAGACCAAUCGAGAGAAACGCAAGCGAAAGAACUUCGGCAUGAUGAGGAAUAAGGCUCGGUCAAAGGUUAAGAAAUCUUUCAAGGAGAAACAGCAAAGUAUGCGGAAACAUUUACUGAAACAGAAGAAAAUGAAGUGAUGUACAGAGAGGAUGUAUUACUCCAAUGAAAAGAAAAAUAAAUUUUUGUUUCUGGCAAA